UACAAAACAUAGCCUUAAGCUCCACACAUUGAGUCAUAACCAUUAACAAGCUUCACUUUCCUCUCUUUUUUUUCCCUUCUCCCUCCGUUUCAGUUCCAGAGGAAAGCUUGUUGCUUUUUCCAGCUUCCAAACCGGAGAUGCACGCCAAAACCGACUCCGAGGUGACGAGCCUCGCGGCGUCGUCACCAGCCAGAUCUCCUCGUCGACCAGUCUACUACGUCCAGUCACCUUCCCGUGACUCCCACGACGGAGAGAAAACAGCGACAUCGUUUCACUCAACUCCGGUGCUUAGCCCGAUGGGAUCUCCGCCGCAUUCUCAAUCCUCCAUGGGUCGCCACUCACGAGAAUCCUCCUCGACACGAUUCUCCGGGUCCUUGAAACCCGGGUCUCGGAAAGUCAACGACGGCUCGAAGCGGAAAGGACACGGCGGAGAGAAGCAGUGGAAAGAGUGUGCGAUGAUUGAAGAGGAAGGGCUGUUAGAUGACGGCGAGAGAGACCGUGGUCUGCCUCGUCGAUGCUAUGUCUUGUUCUUCAUCGUUGGGUUCUUUAUACUUCUUGGUCUCUUCUCUUUGAUUCUAUAUGGAGCUGCUAAACCUCAGAAACCGAAGAUCACUGUUAAGAGUAUAACAUUCGAGAUGCUUAAGGUACAAGCUGGUCAAGAUGCUGGUGGUGUAGGAACGGAUAUGAUCACGAUGAACGCUACUCUGAGAAUGUUGUAUCGGAACACGGGAACUUUCUUCGGUGUCCAUGUUACUUCAACUCCAAUCGAUCUCAGUUUCUCUCAGAUGAAAAUCGGCUCUGGAUCCAUUAAGAAGUUUUAUCAGUCAAGGAAGAGCCAGAGAACGGUACUGGUACAUAUAACCGGAGAGAAGAUUCCUUUAUAUGGAAGUGGCGCGACCUUGAUACCGCCAGCGCCUCCAGCUCCACUUCCCAAACCUAAAAAGAAGAAGAAAGGAGCUCCUGUCGUUAUUCCUGACCCGCCCGCGCCUCCUGCACCAGUGCCAAUGAAGCUCAGCUUUGUGGUUCGGUCACGAGCUUACGUGUUGGGGAAGCUAGUGAAGCCCAAGUUCCUCAAGAAAAUCGAAUGUGACAUCAACUUCGAACACAAACUUCUCAAUAAGCAUAUAGCCAUCUCCAAUAAUUGCACCGUCACUACUGUUUGAAGAAGGAAAUAAACCUGUUUAGCGAGGAAAAUUGAGCAUAUAGGGUAACGUGAUUUACAGCUCAACGGGCAAGCUUUUUUGGUUGUUGGGGGCAGCGCGUGGAGGGUGCCCGAAGGAAAGAACCAUCGUCGGUGGCUUUAAUUUACUUGAGUGGUUGGUUAUUUGUAUGAGGAGAAUAUAUAACUUUAUCACGUUUUAAUUUAUUUGUUUCUCUUCCUUUUUGAAUAUGUUAAUUUAUUUGUUUAAAGUAAAGAGUAUAUAUUACACUUCAUGUCA